AUGCAUUAUGGCCACUUUGCCCGCGCCAAUGCCAAGUCGGGCAUCAUCUCCAACGAUGAGUUCACCGAAAUCGAGCGCGGCCUCCGAGAGGUGCUGAAGGAGUGGGAGGCGGAUACCUUUGUCAUUAUGCCUAAUGAUGAGGAUCGAUUGGGCCAGAUUCACACUGCGAAUGAGCGACGCUUAUCUGAGAUUAUUGGUAAAGAGAUUGGUGGGAAACUUCACACUGGUCGCAGCCGAAACGAGCAGGUCGUUACCGAUAUGCGAAUGUGGUUGCGCGAGCGUAUUCGUGAGAUUGAGGGCCAUCUUGCUGCCUUCCUUCAGGUUAUUGCCGCCCGUGCUGAGGCUGAGGUCCCACUCGGUGUCGGUGCUCUUGCCGGCAAUGCCUUUGGUAUUGAUCGUCAGAUGAUGGCCAAGGAGCUCGGCUUUGAAGGCAUUAUGUGGAACAGCAUGGGCGCUGUUGCUGACCUUCUUGGCUUGGGGUACCAUAAGAAAAUUCCCGACGGCCUCGAACUUUUGAGGGGUAAGGCUGGCAGGGGCUUUGGUCAUUUUGCCGGUGUUUAUUGUGCUACGAAGGGCAUCCCGAGCACCUACAACAAAGACUUGCAAGAGAGCUGGGAGCCUAUGCUGGAUCAUGUCAAGACUGUCUCCGACAGUGUGCAGAUCGCAAACGGCAUCCUCAGCACUCUCAAGCUUCGACCCGAUCGGAUGAGAGCCUCGCUCAACCCUCUUCUCCUCGCGACCGACGUUGCAGACGCCCUCGUGAAGAUUGGCGUGCCUUUCCGCGAGACACACCAUAUUUCCGGACGUGUGGUGGCUAAGAGCGAGGAGCUGGGAAUCCCAAUGGACCAGCUGAGCCUGGAGCAGCUGCAGGCCAUUGAUAGCCGAUUCCCGGAUAAUAUCAAGGAUGUAUUCAACUACGAGGCUAGUGUUGAGUCAAGGAACGCUCAGGGUGGCACCAGCCGAGCAAGUGUGCUAGAGCAGAUCGAGGUCCUCAAGGGCAUGUUGGGUUAG